AUGACGAGGAGACGUGUGCUCGAGUAUGGAGGAGGUAAAAUGGCGACAACAAUGCGGCUUCGUAGAAGAGUUGGCAAUAUGAGCCGAGGUUGUGGGUUCGGGAGCUUAUUAGGGCUAAUAUUUCUAUCAUUAAUGGCUAAAUUUGCGUUGUUUAGUAGUUUGAAGGAUGGUGGAGAGGGAUUGAUAACACAAAAACUGGUCUAUGAGUCUCAAGGAAUGGCAAACAAUGUUGUUAAUGGGGAAGGCGACGAAAUGAAGAAUCAUGUUGCACCACCCAAGUUGUUACCGACUCCUGAAAUCUGGAUGAAACCCAACAGUGAAAACUACUGUCAAUGCAUCAGCCGAUCUCGAAAUCAAAAAAGGAAUGAAACUGGUUCAAAUGGUUAUAUUCUUGUUCAUGCCAAUGGAGGAUUGAAUCAGAUGAGAACUGGGGUAUGCGAUAUGGUGGCAAUUGCAAAACUCAUGAACGCUGCACUGGUUUUUCCUUAUUUAGAUCACAAAUCUUUCUGGACUGAUACCAGUGAUUUUAAGGAUAUCUUCAAUCGAACACAUUUCAUAGAAACUUUGAAGGAUGAUAUCAACAUUGUGGAGUGUCUUCCUCCCCAAUUUGCAAGAAUAGCGCCCCACAAAAUGGCUCCAGUUUCUUAUUCAAAGCCUAAUUAUUACAGAGUAAAGAUGUCUGCAUUAUUAAGGAAGCGUAAAGUAAUCCAUUUUACGCUCUCUGAUUCGCGUCUGGCCAAUAACGGCCUUGCUGGCUCGAUUCAAAGGUUACGUUGUCGUGCAAUGUACGUAGGACUAAAAUACACAGAUGAAAUUACAGAGCUUGGAGAGAAGCUGGUUGAUCGGUUGAAGAAAGACGACAAGCCUUUUAUAGCUCUCCAUUUAAGAUAUGAAAAGGACAUGCUGUCCUUCACAGGGUGCAGCCACAAUCUCACUGAAGAGGAGGAUAAGGAGCUUGAGAGAUUAAGGUAUAGCGUAUCCCGUUGGAAGGAGAAAAUAAUCAAUGGUACAGCAAAAAGAGUUGAAGGGCUAUGCCCGAUGACCCCAAGAGAGGCUGCUGUGUUUCUUGAAGCCCUUGGUUAUCCUUCGGAUACGAAUAUUUAUAUAGUUGCAGGGAAAAUUUAUGGUGAGAAUGGGAUUAGGGGACUUACAGAUAAGUAUCCAAACGUAUUCUCUCAUUCGAAUUUAGCAACAGAAGAAGAAUUGAAGCCUUUUGAGAAACACUCGAACAAGCUUGCUGCAAUCGACAACAUUGUAGCGCUGGAGAGUGAUGUUUUUAUUUAUACAUAUGAUGGACACAUGGCUCAGGCAGUUCAGGGUCAUCGGAUAUUCGAAGGUUUCCGGAAAACAAUCAGACCUGACAUAUUGAACUUUGUCAGAUUGAUUGACAAGCUGGACCAUGGUUCGAUGUUGUGGGAUGAAUUUUCAUCGGAAGUUAGGAGGUUACAUGAGAAAAGGAUUGGAGCACCAUAUCACAGACAAGUUAGAGAUGUUCCGAGACACGAGGAAAGUUUCUACGCAAAUCCUUUCCCCGGUUGCAUCUGCGACAAGUCAAAAUCGGUCAGAAUGGAAAACGUGAUCAGAAUGGAAAAUGCGACUGAGCUUACGAUCGACUGA